AUGCAGGUAAAGGUCAAAACUUUGACUGGAAGAGACAUACCCGUGGACGUUGAGCCCACCGACAAGGUGAUCCGCAUCAAGGAAAUUAUGGAGGAAAAAGAGGGCAUUCCGCCCGCGCAGCAGCGCUUGAUUUUCAACGGCUCGCAGUUGGACGACGAGCUCACCGUUGAGGCCGCAGGGAUCCAGCCGGGCACCUCCUUGCACUUGGUGUUGACCCUACGCGGCGGUAUGUAG